UGAAGUUGUCAGACAGGCCAGCCCAGCAACUCUCUCUUCACAACUAGGCAGCUAGCAAGUUAGGUGACAGACGGUCACGGGAGGAGAGAUUUACAUGAUACAGCACCGCUAUGAAGGUCGUCCGUGUGUAGCUACAGUCGGUACGAGUUAGAGCUAACUUCGAGAUCUCAGAUAACAUUUCAAAGUAACCUGACAGUGAGGAAGCAAAGUGGAAACAACUCGCUAGCCUGCCAGCUAACCUUUAGCCUCCGAGCCUCCUUCAGCUUCAAACCUCUGUUCAGUCGAUUGGACUUGGAUCACACUCGUUUCAACCAUGCCUUUUCCUUUCGGGAAGUCACAGAAGAAUCCAGCUGAAAUAGUGCGGAGUCUGAAAGAGAAUGUGGCAUACAUGGAAAAGCUGGACGCUGGAGACAGCAAGAAGUGUGAAAAGGUUGCAGAGGAAGUGUCAAAAAAUCUGGCUACCCUGAAGGAGGUACUCUGUGGAACAGGUGACAAGGAGCCUCAGACCGAGGCAGUGGCUCAGCUCGCACAAGAGCUGUACAACACCAACCUCCUGAUUGCUCUCAUUGCAAAUUUGCAGAGGAUUGAUUUUGAGGGGAAGAAGGAUGUGGUUCAUUUGUUCAGUAAUAUUGUGAGACGUCAGAUUGGCACCAGAACACCCACGGUAGAAUACAUUUCUACACACCCUCAGAUCCUCUUCAUGCUUCUAAAAGGAUACGAGAGCGCAGAGGUGGCUCUGAACUGUGGAAUGAUGCUGAGAGAGUGCCUGCGUCACGAGCCUCUGGCACGGACGUUGCUCUUCUCUGAAGAGUUGUACUGCUUUUUCCGUUACGUGGAGCUCUCAACCUUUGACAUAGCCUCAGACGCUUUUGCCUCAUUCAAGGAUCUCCUCACAAGACACAAGAUUAUGUGUGCAGACUUCCUUGAGAAUAACUAUGACAGGGUGUUUACAGAAUACGAGAAACUCCUGCACUCUGACAACUACGUUACUAAACGACAGUCUUUGAAGCUCCUUGGGGAACUUCUCCUGGAUAGACACAACUUCACUGUCAUGACAAAGUACAUCAGUCGGGCAGAGAACUUGAAGCUGAUGAUGAACUUGCUAAGAGACAACAGCCGGAACAUCCAAUUUGAGGCGUUCCACGUCUUCAAGGUAUUUGUCGCAAACCCCAAUAAGACUCAGCCGGUGCUGGACAUACUGCUGAAGAACCAGACCAAGCUAGUGGAAUUCCUGAGCCACUUCCAGACAGACAGAUCCGAGGAUGAGCAGUUCUGUGACGAGAAGAACUAUCUGAUUAAGCAGAUCCGGGACCUGAAGAGGCCCGUGGCACCCGAGGAAGCUUAAGGCGGCAGGUGGUAGAGGUGGUGGCUGGUGCCGCAGAAGGUUAAAGUGAGAGAGUCUGACUGACAUGCUCCAUUAAGAUUUAAUGUUAACUACAAAAUAUAGGAAAAAAAAGUAAAUAUUACUUCCUUCACUUUCUGUUUUUAGCGUGGAUCUGGAGGUGAUUUCCAUCCAGAAACCUGAGUGGGCCAAGAACUGUUAUAUAAACCAUAGUGCUUCUUUAGUGGUAACAAAAUAUAUUUAGUCUAUUCUUGUAAUGUUGGACCUUAAACUGUUACCCUUCCACAUUGUUGCUGGCAGAGACCUUAGAAUGACAAACUUCACCCCAUUCACAGCCAACAUGAGCUCUGAGCUGUUCCUGAAAGGUUUUUUUUUUUUUUCAGAAACUUGUCUAUAUUUUAGAGAGUGAAAAACCGGGGAGAAGAAAAUAUAUUAUUUUUCUAACGUGUCUUGAUGGUAAACAGUAACUCUUUUCUCUGGCCAUUGCUUAGUCUAACUAAUUGCAUAGGUUUGGUUUAUUGCCUUAUUGUUCGCUGGUCUGUUGUACAGGGAAUUUAAUUAUCUUUAGAAAUACGGCUUCGGCACGGUGACGCGUGAAUCACAUUGGCCAGGUCAGCACAUAGUAGUUUUUUGGUGAUUAAUGUAUAGUUAGUAGGCCUUGGGUUGCGUGUGUGUGAGGUUACAGAGGUCAGAAAUGGUCCUGCAGUGCUGUACUCGCCAAUGCAUUAACUGACACAGGAAGAGAGAAAAUCAAAACCAUAGAGGAAUCAAUUUAUUGUGCUGUGAUUUUUUUUUUUUUGGCUCAGCGAGGCUUACAUGACUGAAAUAGAAACAAGGCAUCAGAUAAUGCUGCAGGGUACCUGCUAUCCAUUUACUAACAUGGACAGCCAGGAUAUACCAAUUGAUCUGACUGGGAGCACUCCAUUUCACCCUCACAUACUGAGCACAGAUGGCGCUGAUUCAUUUAAAACAAUGACUUCAACAAUUAAUUCAUGGGUUGAUAAACUAUUUAAUGUCUCCUUUUUUAAAGUAUAAGCACUGCUCAACUGAAGAAAUAACAUUGCAGUUUACUCUGAGGGGGUCGUCCAUGAAGAUGCAUCAUAAGUAUGUUAUACUGACAAAUAUUAUGUUCAUAUCAGAGCUUUGUUAUUUAAAAUGAGUUGACAGGUAGAAGAAACUUUUAGACUAAAUUCCCUUUUUAAUUUGAUACAUUCAACAUCUGCUUCACCUGACUUGGACAGACUGUAGUUGAACUAAAUCUGUCUAAUCUUGUGUAAACUAUCUUCUAUUUAUACAGUUAAGCCUCUACCAAAAAGAAACUAAGCUGGCAGAUGCUUCAACAAACUCACAUGAUUAGAAAAGUGUUACUUCAUUAUCUGAUAUGGUUGUAAUAUUA